AUGGGGGACUGCGUUUGUCCAUUGGCAAAGUUCUUCUGGAAGAGAUUGUGUCCGAAGAAAAUUAAUAUUUUCAACUGGUUAGCUUGGAAAGAUAGGAUCCUCACUCUGGAGAAACUGGCGUCUAGAGGAUGUAAUCGGCUUCCUAUGGCUACCUGUGUCCUAUGUCAUGCUGCGAUUGAAUCGGUUGAUCAUCUCUUCUUGCAUUGCUCUUUGGCAAGGCAGGUGUGGUGGUACUUCGGUAGAUUACUCAAUCUACUGGGUCCACCUAGUGCCUUGCACCUGAUUUGGGAUAGGUGGAGAUCUUCGGUCAGACCUGAUUGUAGGGAUAUUGGGGACUUAGUGGUGAAGUCGAUUGUGUGGAACAUUUGGCUGGCUAGAAAUGAUUACAUGUUUAAUGCUACUGUUGUCUAUGCACAUGCUCUUAUCCUAAAGAUUGACCGAAUGUUAUUAACUUGGAUUUCUACAGCUGCUGAGGGUCCUACAUCAAAAUUGGAGGAGCACUCGUCGACUAUCAGACAGAGCUUGGAGUUUCACAAUACGUCGGUGGAGGGCUCAGGGGAUGUACCGAUACUGGAGGGUGGUCGUGAUUUGCACACUGGUUAG